AUAUGGAUGUUUGAAUGUGGUGACCUAAAAACAGAGCUGUGGCAAUGGCGACUCUGGGUGUGGCUGGAAUGUGCCUCGUCCGGGCGCGAGGUGAGAGAUUUGGGGGAAAUUCGGCGCUGGGUAGGGCGAGGAUGCGCGGCGCGAGGCUCCAGUGCGCGGGGCCGAGGGUGUUUGAGGUGGAGAUGGAGCACGAGGGGAAGAUCCACACAUUGAGAGUGCCCGAGGACGAGACGAUCCUGUCCAAGGCGCUCGAGGAAGGGGUGGAGGUUCCGCACGAUUGCAAGCUCGGGGUGUGCAUGACUUGCCCCGCGAAGCUGGAGAGGGGGCGAGUGAAUCAAUCGGAGGGGAUGCUGAGCGACGAUGUGGUCGACAAGGGCUACGCUCUUCUGUGCGUCGCGUAUCCGCUGGAGGAUUGCCGGAUCCGGACGAUUCCAGAGGACGAGCUUGUUUCCUUGCAGCUGGUGACAUCCUCGGAUUGAGGGCUAGCGCUAGAAACCAUCCCAAUAUCAUAGAAUCAAGAAUGAUAGAAUAGCAAAACAACGAAUAUGCUUUAGGAUGAAA